CAAGUGGUACACAAAAAAGGAGUAAUAUCUUCACCGUUAUACGAAUUGUUCACUAUUUGACCACUUUAAGUUUAUUCAAAGUGAAUGCGUUUGUUUUGACUACAGAUUAUUAAGCUUUUAGAUAAACGUGUAAAGAUUUGACAUUUUAUUCAAGUCUUUAACUAUAAAUAUGGUUGUGAAUAUAUAUGUGAGCGAAGGAGAUAGAUAUCAUCAAUAUACGAGAAAAAUGAUUACAGAAUGCAGAUAGAACAGACGAGAGUGGAUUGGCAAUUUCUAAGUAAACAUAAACCAGUAACCAUGGCAAUGUAAACAAUGGAAACUAUGGAGCUGACAUACAGAGAUUAUCACAACAAGGUAUUCAGUCCUCUGGACCUGAAGGAAAUGGAGCUUGAUGUCCUUAAACGAGAUGCUAAUAGACAUUUGGGAAGAUUAAACGGUCUAAAGAUGAGAUACAUAGACUGGUUUUCAAGGAGACAAAACUCAUUUCUUGAUUCAUUAAAGUUGAUUCAUUUACUGGCUGCGCAGCUAUUACCUAGAGAAGUAAAUACAAUCAGUCACUACAGAAAAGUUAUCAACAUAGCCAACAAAUUUCCAAGGAACGGAACACCGCGAGAUGGUAGUUCAUCAAAAAUGGAAGAAUUUCUUAUGUUUUGGGACGAGUGGUACAUGUUAAAAUUGGAAAAUGACUCUUUAUAUGCCAGAGUUUGUGAAUUCUGCCAAAGUGUCAGACGGUUAAGACAGCAAGUAUUAAAAGACGAGAUAGACAGAUUACAUCAUCGACUAAAUCUAACAUGUUCUGAAGACUUUGACUUUACUCACAUCGGUAAUGACAGAAAUAACUUAUUCACGUACAAAGUAGCCUUACAUGACCAUAAAUAUCACGGAUUGGUCAGCUUUAUUCCAUACCUGAUCAGCUAUGCCACAAAGUUAUGUUAUUGGACCAGCAAACUCCAUAUAGAAGUAUUAUAAUAUAAACUUGUUAUAAAUGAAUAUUACAGUUGAAUUAGUUUGAACCUUGUAGAACCAGUGUCAUAUAUUUCACUGAUAUGUUUCAUUGUAACAUUUUUUGCCAAUAGUCUCCAUUUUAUCCAUUUUUAAAUUCAGUGUAGAGUUGUUACAAUACAGCAUUAAUUACAACACUCAA